UCGGCCGACGCUGUCUGAGUUGGCCUUAAUUUGAUGAAUGCCACAGCUCGUUCCGAGAGACAAAUGCGAAACGAUAACCACAUUAAAGUAGCUCCAGAAAAAAUCCCCAGAUAAACAAGAAGUUAGUAAAAACCCCGAAAACAAAUACACAUAAAAAAUAAAAACUACAUACAUAUUUGACCUAUAUCACAUACAAAUAAUUAUAUUGCAGGCAUAAAUGCCCUUAUACAUAUAGUAGGACUGCAUCUAAUUAUGUUAUGCAAAAAUCUUUAACAGAAUCGUCUCAAUGAUGCUUUGAAAACUCCCGCUUUUAAUAAUGUAUAUUUUUACUAAGGCUCUGACGUGACAACAACUGUAACGAUUGGACAGACUGAGUCAGUUAACUUAACACUUCCGCCAAGUUCAAUUGUACAUAAUGAAUCACUUACGGUUGAUGGGUUGGUGUUGACAAAUGUUAUUGGAUUAAAUGAAGGUAAGAAACAAGAAUUUCUUCAUUCACCCUAUAAUACUUAUUGUGUCUGCAUAGCACUGAAAUAGGCAUAUAAAUCAGAUAUUUAUUUGGAAGCUGCUUACUGAGUGUCCAGUCAUGCGAUACACGCUGAAGUUUAUGGCUGUUCUUAGUUCUUCCAAAUUGAAAUGAAAUUAUUUAUUUUAUAUAUUUAGUUUAUAUUGUGUACAAAUUAAAUUAAACAGGAUAUCAAAUUAUAGAGUUAAUUUUUCUUCUUAAAAAAUGUAAACCUUAUUAGGUCGCUGCCGGAGUAAAUUGGGUCUAGAAUUUCAAAGCAAGUUUUCAGACACACAAUUCGAAACUUCUACAACAGAGCGAAAUUCGUUUCCUUAUUUUGGUCGACUGAACAAUGUAGAUGGCGGCUGGAUUCCAGCAAAUACUGAGAAUCAGUGGAUACAGAUAAAUCUGAUGAACAUAUACGUCAUAACUGGUAUUGUGACGCAAGGAUGCGGUUGUGAAACAGCCAGUUGGGUUGAACACUUUUUUGUGACGUACGGCCUUAGUGGCGAUAAUUGGAUCAUUGGUGAUAUGGAGGAAGGCGCCGAAAAGCACUUUAUAGGCAAUUUUGAUGCAAACACGGCCGUGACGAAUAUCUUCAGCGAACCAAUUUAUGCCAAGUUCUUUAGAGUUAACAUCGUUUCACAGACCAGGCCUGUAGCAUUGCGGUUUGAUCUCAUUGGCUGUAAAGCACAUAGUUUAUGUCUUGACGAUAUGGGAUUAAAAAGUGGAGAAAUUAUGAAUAACCAGAUCAGUUCAAAUGGAGUUAACUUCAACGCCGAUUCAGUUCGCAUCGGAUAUGAUGGUACAGCUUGGUGCCUGUCUUCAAGUGACGUUAAUCCUACGGUUACGUUUAUUUUUCAACAAUUGAAGUUGUUCACCGGCAUUAUUUUUAAAUUGGAAGCCAAUGUGGACGUUUCGUUAGCGUUGAAAUUUGCACACAGUGACGACAAUUUAGUUUGGAAGUAUGUUUAUAUCAAAGGGAACCUGGAUAAGGUGACACAAAUUGUUCCAGCAAACGAUGAUUCGGAAAAGUGGGUUGUUUUCAGUAAAGUUGUCCAGACCAGAAUUAUUCGUGUAGAAAUCCCUACAACUAAUGAAAUGAUAUGUCUGCGUUUUGAACUCCUGGGUUGUAAAGAUUCAAGCUUGUGUCGUCAUUCAGUUGGUGUUGUAGAAGACAGAAUACCGUCUGCUCAAUUUACAUAUUCUGACGCGGAUACGUUUGUGAUGGUGGACUUGCUCAAGCACUAUACAGUUACAGGCGUUGUGGUCAUUUCUAUGGGUCAAUUUUAUGUGGAAUACUCUAUAGACUACGGUCAUUUUAAAACCAUUCUUGAUUCAAAUGGGCAAAAUGAGGUCUUUGAUGGAAGAAACAUUACAAUAGGAAAUGUUGUCAAUAGCUUUGGCUACCCUGUUGUUUGCCGAUUUUUGCGACUAGUUCAUAAAGAAGUCCCUGAAACUUCCUUUAACCUUACCUUUUAUCCACUUGGUUGUGAAGAGCCAAUGGCGUGCCAGGACUUCAUCAAAAGUGACCCCUCAAAGACAAUCUAUUCGAGCAUUCGAAGCAUGUCAAACCAAGAUGUUAGACUUUUUGGCUCUGGUUGGCUCUCCCGAGAAGACGACGAUGAACCAUGGGUAAUUGUGGUUUUGCAAGGAAGACACCACAUAUCAGGAAUAGUAACAAACUGUUUUAGUCCUAACGGCUACCAUACUCAAACUUUGUAUGUUGCUUAUGGUAUGGAUGCUAAUACAUGGAAGAAUAUAAGCCUUGCGAAUGGCAGAAGGAAGGUAUUCAAAUGUAACAACACAGAAGACCAAAAUGAUUUAAAGUACAACAUGUUUGACGAGAUUUUCACAGCACAGUAUAUAAAAUUUGAUAUUAUUUCCAAUGGGCACGCAGUGUUUCUUAAAAUUGGGAUACUUGGUUGCAAAGGAACCAAUAGCAUUCGCUUCACUUCUAGUCAACCAGCGGUGUUUCCGAUUACAAUUCAUUCAGAAAAUAUGUUCAGCUUCUCCACCAUUAUGGCGACCGUAAUGUACACAGAGCGGAUUAUGGGUUUUAGGCUUGUAACCCAAGGCCCAAUUAAAUGGAACAGCAAAAGUAUUCUUAUUGCAGCAAAAAUAUUUUCAGGUGUCUACUCAUCUUUCGAGUUGUUUUUAAACGAAUUGAAUUAUACAACAAAUACAGAAAUAGUGCAGGCCGUAGAUGAAGACAUAAUAUUUUCCGUUUCGACGACUACUGAAUUUUUUAAUGAGUUGAGUCCGUUAAAUAUCACAAUCCGAUUAAUUAAUGCAAUCAGCGAAGCUGAAGAUUAUAUUAUUCUUCUAGUACAAUACGAAAUACUUGAUUUGCAUAUAUUGUACUCGAGUGAGUACGUUGCAACUGGAAACACUUUCCAGAUUGGUUUCGACAUGUUAAUUGGAUCAAAUCUUUUUUGUACAAUAGACUUAAACGAUAGUACGAAUGUAGAUUUUUAUGAGUAUAUAAUGCAACGAGACCAAAAUAACAUCUUACUUUCUCAUGUCUAUACAAGCCCGGGAUUUUAUGACGUCAGUGUUUACUGUUCAAAUAACGUCAGCGAAAUGAUCGUCAACAAAACAAUCAUCGUCCAAAACAGAAUCACAGAUUAUUUGAAAUUAGAGUGUGCAAGUGUCGUUCCAAUUAGCCAAAACCAAAAUUACGGUUUCACUGUGAUCUAUUCGUUUCAAGGAAAUUCUUCUGAAAUUCCAACUGAUGUAUUUGCAAACUAUGAAAUAUAUGGUAUAUUGAAAGAAAACAGGGAAACUUACACGAGUGAUGUUAAGUGUUGUAAUUUUUCAGCACACAAUCUAGUCGUCACAACAUGGGAUUCUUAUGAAAUUAACGUGUUACUUUAUAACAGAAUUAGCAGUGGUAACCGUCAAUGUUAUGUCAAUUUAGAAGAGGUCAUUACUGAUCUUACUCUCAGUGUACAUAAUGUAUUCGCCAAAGUCGAUGAAGUAAUUGAGAUGAGCCUAACUGUCACGUGGGGCUCUCGAAUGAGAUACACUAUUGACUUUGACGAUGAUUCUUCGGAAAGGUACAACACGAGUGAGUCGGUUUUUACGUUUGUUCAUUCAUUUGAUAGCCCAGGAACAUAUUACGUUACUGUUAACGCAGAAAACUUUGUUGAUCCAUCGUCUUUAGUGUCUUUGGUAAUUAUUACUCAGCGUCCUGUUGGACGUUUUGAAGUAAAUUCACGCUAUUUAAACAAAUUAGAAUUGAACCGAGAGGGGGAACCAUCUUACGUUGUUGUGCCAAUCGAUGUAUAUCGAGAUUUGCAGUUUGAAGAAGCUACUGAUGCCUAUUUUACAAUUGAUUUUGGUGAUGGAACCAGGUUUUGUCCGAGGGGAGCGAUGUGCCUUAUGGAUGACGUAAUCACUCUUGGAUACAUGGAUUCAACUAAAGACACUAGCGAGUUGGAACAUAUCCUGGCGAUCGAGCAUAACUAUACCAUUGCCAAACAUUACAAUAUCAAGUUUAUGGUGUGGAAUAAUGUAAGCAGCGAUACGGUAGAAUACGGUAUUGAGGUAUUCGAAGAGAUCCAGCAAUUGGAAAAAGAUAUAAAAUUUUUCGAUAUUGAUCUAACUAGCAUGUUGAAUACUUCGGCUGAAUAUGAUCUCUUUGGAAAGUAUGCGCCUCUGGAUAUGGCCAUAGUCGUGACCGCUGACAUACUAUAUGGAACUGAAGUGCUAUUUACCUGGAACUUCAAUGAUCCGACGAAACCAGUUAGUAAUUACAUCUUCACGACACGUGAACCAAAGGCAUAUUAUAAGUAUACUAAUCCGGGGUCAUAUUUCAUAAAAGUUAAUGCUUCAAAUCCGAUAAGUAGCAGUACAGUAGCGCAGAACAUUUUCGUUCAGGAAACUGUUAAAACUUUUCAGUUGAACGGCUUUGGACCAAUUACAAUGAACUCGACAGUUCCUUUUGUUCUAAACCUUGGAAAAGUAGCUACAGAUGCUUGUUAUCGUAUUGAUUUUAAAUAUGAAUAUUCAAAUCCAGGACGAAUACAAUUUUAUGGUUCUUGGUCUAUGUGCCAAUCAAAGUAUACAGAAGAAUUUCAAAAUAAUCCAAUAUUUAAACAAAUCGACUCAAAUACGCUUUGGAUAGAUGUGAAUUAUAAAGGUAGAAGUCCAAAUAUAUCUAUUUCGAAUUUAUUUUAUGAGUAUAACAAGUACGAUAUAGUUUACGAAGGUUUUAAUAUGGUAUCGUACAUAAACGGUACACUUCCACAGGUGAUAACAAAGCUACCAUGCUACUUCCCGAGGGUUAACGUGAAAAGCGAAAAUGAAUGCAAUUAUAAUUUUCAAUGUAAUCCUGAAACGAAUUAUCGGCAAUAUCUGGCAUCAACACAAGUCAAAAUCCAAUCACUCGUUGAGGUUAACUGUUCCUCAACUGAUUUAACACGUUACCACUGGAAAGUAUUCAAAAUAGAAGGUGAAAGAGAAACACUUGUUACGCUCCCGCCUUCUGUUACUACAAUUGGAAGUGGUCUGCGUACACUGGUUUUGGAACCACGAUUGCUUGCUUAUGGUUUAUACAGAAGUGAGUUAAACGUCACAAUGCUUGGUGGAGAAAUAGGCCUUUAUACUUCAGACUCAACACAUACAGAAAUAAUUCCCACUCCUCUAAUAGUUGAAAUUGUAGGUGGAGAAUAUCGUACCAUCAAAUGGAAAACACUUAUACAAGUCGAUGGGCUUUCUUUAACGUUUGAUCCUGACGUGGACAAAGCUGAUAAAUCUGGGAUGGAAUUCACUUGGAUGUGCCGACGAUCAAAUUUUGAGGCCAAUGGAACGGGUAUUAUAGAUAACUUAGAAACUUUCGAGAUAUGGAAUGACAAUUUUACAAAACUACUAAAGGAAUCGAAGAUCAACGAAGAAUUCGAAUAUUCACCUGAAUGGCAACAUGGAGAUAAGGGAGGUUGCUUUGGUAGACUUGGGGGUACGAUGAUUCCUACUCCAGGAGGUAUAUUGAACUAUACAACGGGCAAUAUAACAAUCAAUACAGACACAAUGUACUGGAAUAUGGAAUAUGAGUUAAAGCUGAUUGUUAGGAAAGGUAGUCGAAGAAGCGAAUUUACUCAAACACUGUACAUCGUAGAAGGGGAUCCCCCGGAUAUACAAAUGGCGUGCAAGCUGAAUUGCAGGACCAAGAAAACGCCAACAAAUCGAUUUUCUCUAGAAAAUAAGGAGACGAAUCCAGUUCCAGGAAUUGUAUUAUUUUACAUUUGGGAGAUAUAUCAAGAAGUCGAUGAAGUGUUUGAGAUGCUAGAUGGAAAUGAAGUGCAAAAAUAUUCAGGAACAGGUACAAAUGUUUCCAAUUUAUCCAUCGAGCCAGGUUUGUUUGAGGAGAAGAAAAGAUACCGUGUCAUGUGUAUGGCUUCAAGAAACCACAAUUUUGUAAAUUAUGGAGUUUCACAGCUUACAUUUUAUAUAAACGACAUCCCAUUAAAAGGAAUAUGCAGUAUUAGCCCUGUACACGGUGUGGCUACUUCGACAGAAUUUCGUGUCCAGUGUGAAGGGUUCCGCGAUGAUGAUCUUCCCCUUUUAUACAAAUACUCGUACAGUAUUGACAAUGGAACAAACUGGUUUACGUUCUUUAAUGAGGAGUACGCAAACAUGACUAAAGGUGUGAAGAUUCCAGCUGGACCAGAAGAAUAUGACUACAUGGUUGCGGUACGCGUGCGCGUAACUGAUAGUUACGGGUCAUUUGUUGAAACCAAAUUAAAUACGACUGUUUAUCCACUUAAUUGUUCUGAAGAAAUUAUAUUGGCAGAGGUUGAUGGAUUAGGGGAUCGUAUAAGAGUGUUGGCAGGGGCAGGGCAGACGUUGGAAGUGUCGAACAUCGUGUCCUCUACUUCAAGUUUUCUGAACUACUGCAGUAAACUUUAUGCAGGACAAGCAUCAACAGCACCAAAUAUUUCUGCAAUACAGAUGGAUAUCCGAGAAGAAAUGAUUUUAACUCUUGGCACAUUACAGCAGGCCUAUAACGUGGAAGUGCUAAGCCUAAUGGCGUCUGCACUUCAACUUGCUACAACGUGGCCCAACGAAUUAACAGAGCGUGCACGAAAUGAAAGUAUACAUAUAGCGUCAACGUUUGCAACUACACUACAGAAGGUUGAAAGUCCUUUGGCGGAAGAUAUUGAGGAUUCAGCGAGACUCGUGUUUAGUUCUCUCGGUGCACCAACUAAACCUGCAGCUGAAUAUGAGUCUUCAGCAACGCAGGGGUUAGAUGUCAUCACAUCUGUCAUAGAUACCAUGGCCAGUACUAUGGUAACGGGUCAGAAAAAUAUCAAAGUUGACGCCGAUUCCAUGUCUGUUACUGUUUCCAUGUCAUUUACUAAUGGUCGACAAAAUGGUAAUAAUAUGCUCUUAAAUUUUGUACGAUUUGGGGUUUUUGUUUUAAUCACUGCACUAUUAAAUGGAUACACCUUUUAG